AUGUUAGUUGACGAUUCAAUUACUGUCGUACGCCUUUCUGAUGUUUUGAGAAAUGCCAAUUCGAGCAGUAAAGGAAAGGGAAAAGGGAAGUCGGUAACUGUUGAUUUUGCCAGCACUAUGUUACAGAAUUUAGAUAGAGCUCACCAAGAAUGGCAGGAAACUCUUGCAAGAUUUUCUGAAUUUUUGCAACAAAACAAAAGUGUCUCUGAGUCCGAGCAAACAGUAUCUGAUCAAGGAGAAUUUGGAAAUGAUAUAGAAUAUAAUAGUCUCCCGACAUCGUUUUAUUAUGAUGAUUUUUCAGACAAUGAUGCUAUUGAUGAAGAAAAUUAUGAGUCUAACUAUUUAUACGCGCAAGAGAUGAUUUCUGGAAAAGAAGCAUUUGAUAGAGAUUGGUUAUUAUAG